AUGGAAGCGAAGGCCGUCGAUGUGAAGCGCCAAAAACCGAAAGCUCGCAGUGGAGAUCAAAAACGUUUGCAGAGAGAAUUUGUGAAAUUGAGCAGGAAACGAAGUUUAGAGAAGAGAAAGGCGUCAAAAACGAGAGGAAAGCACGGGGCGAAUCGGAAGGGACACCGUGGAUCGAAGUCGCGUUCGAAAGGGAAAAAUAAGGGUUUCUUGUGCUGUCGGAAGAAGCAGAAGCACUCGAAGAAGAGAAAGUCUCGCACGACGAAAAAGCAGCCACGGACGAAGCUCGUGAAGCCGUUGCCACCGGUGCCGAAUGAGGUAAUAGAGACAAAAUAGCGGAAAAACCAAGGUCGCGUUGCCAAAAGAGCGGAAACGAACAUUCGCUUUAAAUUUCAAAUCCUGACUUUUUUAUGGACUGAUUGGGAUAUUUUUGUAACAGUAAAUUGUGAGACUAUUCACUUGAAGUGUUCAAAAUAGAUAUAUAUUGCAAUUUAGUGUCCUAAAAUAAGAGAUGUUCGUUUCCGCUCUUUCGGCAUCCGCUCUUUUGGCAUCGCGAUUUCUGGUUUUUCCGCUAUUUUGUCACCCUCUCAGGUAACACAGUAACCCGCGUUCGCCACGAGACCAGUGCUGCAAAUUGACCGUGCGCCUUUGAAAUUUGUUAUUUUUUAGCAACUCGGGGAGAUCGUACUCGUCAAAAACAUUGACAAAGCGAAAACACCAGUGAAAGGUUUCCAAAAAGCAGACAAACACAAAAACAGUUGUAUUAUUUUUAAGCAGUGGACAAAAAAGAACCUCAGUCUCCAGAUAGAGAUGCACUGAAACCACCGAAAGCCGAAUCGGUGGUAAAAGAGAACGUCUCAAAGGAGAAGGCCGAAACGGAUAACGAAGAAAAAGAAAAAGGGAAGCCGAACAAUUCCAAAGAGGGUAAAAUCGAACAGAACAGCAGCAUACAAUCAUGGGUGAUUUCAGUGGUUGAAAAUGAAAAAGAGGAUAAGGAAAAGGCAAAAGCCGAGCAGAAAGAGAAAAAGAAGGAGACAAAAGAGGUGAAGGAAGUGAAGGAAACGAAAGAAGGAAAGGACGGAAAGGAAGAGGGUGGUACUGUGAAAGCGGGCACGAUCUGAGAGGGAAUGAGUGAUUUCAGAAGAAACGAAGGAGAAGCAGGAGGAGAAGAAGGACAAGUGGCUGAAACUCGCGAAGAGGUUCAUCGAGGAAGAUGCAAACAUUGCGGCCGUCAGUUUCAGAUCGGUUCUUUUCUCGGGACAACUCUCUUUCAGAACGACUUCGAGCAAGUAGCCGGCUACGUUCCUCCGCACGUGUCCAAGCGUCACUUCGUGCUCAACAUGGAACAGAACCGCUUCGCCGACGUCGUCUGCCUCGAUCACUCGCGUGUUUCUCUGAACGACAGCACGUACAUCCACGCGAGUUGGGUCGAUCUGAGCAGUCAGAAGAAGGCGAUUCUCACGCAACUUCCCCUCCCUCAUACGGCUGCCGACUUCUGGCAGAUGAUCAUCGAGCAACGAGUCAAGUGCGUUCUGCUCACUCUGACUGAACAGGAGUGCGAUAAGCUGGGGGGAAACUUUGUCUUCCCACAGAAUCAGUAAGUCUCUGUCCGAAGAUAUUGAGCACUUUCACUUUUUAGAGACUUUCUGAACUUUGAAGAGCGCUCGAUCCGAGUGGGAGAGUUCAAGCAGGUCGAGAUCUCGCGAGGAUGGAACAUGAGAGUUCUGAGCAUCACCAACGGCGACUACAAAUCGUGAGUUGCUCUCUGAAAUGUUCUCGGCAGCCGUCCCCCUACUUCAGGUUCCUCCACGUGCACCACUAUAAGCUCUGGGCUCACAAUUCGACUCCUCCGAACGUGAAACAGCUGUGGCAACUGCAGUCUUGCCUCCGCAAGUACAGUAAUCCGCCAGUCUACAUGAGUCUUUCCGGAUGUGGACGCGCCGGAACUUUCGCACUUUUCGAGUCGGCCCAUAUUUCCCUUCACAGCGACACUCCCUCUUUCGAUAUGAUCAAAUGCCUUGAGAACGUACGAUUUCCCUUCUGCAGUAUUCGCAAGACCAUUCCUUUUUCAGGUGCGCAAUGGACGCAUGCACUCUGUCCAGAACAUCAACCAGUUCUCGUUCGUGUACACUCUGAUUGCAGAGCAUAUCCUCGGCAAUGUAGGUCUUCCGUCUAUAGUCCAAUUCGCUCAGCUAACAAUGAUUCAGGGAUUCUGCAAACUAGCGAAGGGCGGUGCGGAAGACGCGACGGACGACAGCAUCGAGACGAUCCUCCGCCAGCUCACGAUUCACUGA